CUUGGUAUUCGUCAGAUCACUACUACUACUACUACUAGUGCUUUUGAUGUUGCUAUAAUUGGUGGAGGAAUAGUAGGCGUUGCAACUGCGAGAGAAUUGUUGAUUGGCAAUCCUGCACUCAAGGUGUGCUUGAUGGAACGCGAGUCUACACUCGGUAAACAGCAGAGUUCGCAUAACUCUGGUGUAAUACAUAGUGGUGUCUACUACAAACCUGGCUCAGCACGCGCUCGACUCUGUGUGCAGGGCUCACGUCUAAUGUACGACUAUCUACAACAGAACAACAUAGCGCACGAGCGAUGUGGCAAAUUGAUCGUCGCAGUCAAUGAUGACGAGCUGAGUCGACUUGACGACAUUUAUCAGCGCGGACUCACCAACGGCGUACCCGACCUACGCAUGGUCGACCCAGCGCAGAUGAAGGAGAUCGAGCCACAUGUCGUGGGUCUACGCGCUAUUCACUCUCCGCACACUGGCAUCGUCGACUUUGGCGUCGUCACUCAAUCAUUUGGAUCGGAUGUCAAGAGGAUGGGCGGCAACAUCAUGCUCAACUUUAAUGCCUCCCAAUUCGACAUGCAGCGCGAUGGAACCAUGCUGGUUGGCGCCGCCGAUGGACGACAGGUGUCUGCGGCAUUCGUCAUCUCGUGUGCCGGCAUGUACAGCGAUCGUGUUGCCAAGUUGGCCUAUGGCAAGGAUCAGCCUCACAUCGUGCCAUUCCGCGGGCACUUCCUCAGACUGAAGGAUGAGCAUCGACAUCUGAUCAAAGGCAACGUCUACCCUGUGCCAAACCCUCAGUUCCCCUUCCUUGGCGUACACUUCACCAAACGUAUCAAUGGCGAGGUUUGGCUUGGACCCAAUGCCGUAUUCGCCACAUCACGCGAAGGCUAUCACUACAGCGAUGUUAACCUGCGCGACAUGUACGAGGCGAUCAUCAACCCUGGCUUCAGACGACUGGCUGCCAAGCACAUCAGGACUGGUGUCCAGGAGUUUGUGCAGGACGUCUUCCCGCGGGCAUUCCUCCAGCGUCUGCUGCCGUACAUGCCGCAGCUCACCGUCGAUCAGGUCGAGUCGGCUGGCAGUGGAGUGAGAGCUCAGGCCUUGUCAAUGGAUGGCACACUCAUUGAGGACUUCAUCUUUGACGCGCCAGACAACAAGCCCAUCCUACACGUUCGCAACUCACCAUCACCAUCCGCCACAUCCUCAUUGGCCAUCGCUCAAGAGAUUGUCAAGAUGGCCAAAACAAAGACAACACUACCCUUGGGGAUAGUU